CCGUGGUCCAACCCACUGCGCCACCGCACCCCCUGGAUGAGAUGCAAACGGGGGUCCUCCACGUUGGGGAUGAGUGUGUGAGACCAGGCUAGCUGCCAGAGCCCACCAUGGAGCCAGGCCUCAACUGCAGUGUGGAGUGUGGCUCCAGAGGAUGCCUGCUGGAUCCCUGGAUCAGUAGCCGGGAGGCCUGGGGGCCCCUUCAGCAUCUUUGUGCCCUUGCUACUGGCAAUCUGGAGACCCCGCCGAGGCCCCUGUCCCCUGUGUUGCGAGCCAUUACGUGGACGCUGCUCUCCUCCGGCAUCCUGCUGGCCCUGCUCUUCCUGGCCUUCACACUACGCUGCAGGAACAACAGGAUCGUCAAGAUGUCCAGUCCCAACCUGAACAUACUGACCAUAUGUGGAAGUAUACUGACCUAUAGCAGUGGCUUCCUGUUCGGCAUUGAGGACAAGGCACUGCUGCCUGGUAGCGGUCCUAAGAUUGUACUGCAGGCCCGGAUAUGGACCCUGUGCAUUGGUAUCUCCCUGGUUUUUGGACCCAUCCUGGGGAAAACAUGGAGACUAUACAGGGUCUUCACCCAGCGUGUUCCUGACAAGAGGGUGAUCAUCAGGGACAUCCAGCUGAUUGGUCUUGUGGCCCUGCUCAUUCUCGCUGAUAUUGUGGUUCUGACCACCUGGAGCCUGACUGACCCAGUCCAGUGUAUAAAGUCCAUCAGAGCUGCGGUCCAGGUGGUGGAGCAUGAUGUGUCCUACUCCCUGUUGCAGCAUGAGUCCUGCUCCUCUCUCUACACCGACAUUUGGAUCGCCUUCCUUUCUGCACUUAAGGGCAGUGUGCUUCUGUAUGGGACAUACUUAGCAGGCCUGACAAGCAACGUGAGCUGGCCUCCGGUGAACCAGUCGCUCACCAUCAUGGCUCCCGUUUGCCUGGUCACUCUGUCCGUGGCUCUGAGUAUCCCCGUGUCCAGGCUCCUGUACUCUUGGCCCAAUGUAGUGUACAGUGUGAUCUCUGGGUCCAUCUUCAUCUGCACGCUCACCACUAACUGCCUGCUCUUUGUGCCCCAGCUGACCCAGUGGAAGCAGUUUGAGGAUGAGUCGAACCCGAGCUCCAGUCAGAUGGCUAAGUUCUUCAGCAGCCCUAGCAAGAGCCUGCAGUCCAUGUACAGUGAGGAUGAGAUCUUCUACCUCCGGGGGGAGAACGACUCCAUGAAGAGACUUCUCAUGGAGAAGAAUGCUGUGAUUGACAGCUUACAGGAGCAAGUCAACAGUGCUAAAGACAAACUGCUAAAGCUCAUGUCAGCUAGCAGCUCCUUGGAACACCAAGAAGUAGGCACCUCUUCUACAAACCUCAAUUCCUCCUUCAUGCAGAAGGUGGGACAACAACCAGAUCCCUCUGCUCAUUUGCUGGAAACAGUCAGCACAUGUUCGCCAUUCCCUCCUUCAUCUCCUUCUCUCACGGCAGAGAGAGACAGACAGAGUGCGCACAGUCAUGUUUCACAGGACUCUGAAUAUAUAGACAGGAAAUCAGGCUUUCGUCUUGACGACGAGAACUACAAGAGUGACACUGAGGAGAUGGAAUGUAACGUCCAAACUGCGCCUGACUCCACACAGCUUUCGGUGUCUGGAGAGGCCUUAAUGGAUGUUACGCUGCGGGGGGCUGGUGGCUGUCCCCCUGACAAUCCCACAGACUUAUUGCCCCAAGUAACAACCGGUAUCAGUCCCUCUGUACAGGUGACUGCAACACUGGGAGGCAAAUGCAACUUUGUCAGCAGUGAGAAGCUGCAAGAGAUCAUCCUGGAUCUCAGUGUGGAUGCGGUCUCCCUCAGGUCCCCCAAGUGGGAGGAAGAGCAUAGCAGUGCCAGCCUGGAGGAGCCUUCACCCAAGUUGUCCUACCGCUUCUACUAUCCUAGCAUCUCCCCAUAUGUUAUGAGAAGACGGAGGCCCCCCUUUCGUGCCACCAGAGCUGGGCUUCCUGCAUAUUGCUAUUCACUAUCCCUGCCCCACACGGGAUGCAAAGGUGCUGGUGACAGUAAAGCAGAGCCUGAUGCCAUUGUGUCUCAGCCUCAGCAACAUAACUGUUGCAGAGAACAAGUGGCAGCAGCUACACCUGCGAAACUAGACCACCGUGGAGCACCUCGUCGUUGCACCGUCACGCCUUUCUCAGGCUGCGACUCCAGGAGCUCACCCAUCAGGAGAAAGUGCCUUCUAGAAGGCUGGAAACCAGAAGGUGAUAUGUACUACUACUCAGACUCAGAGUCCAGCAGCUCUGAUGAUGACUAUUGCUUUUACCACAGGCCUUACUGCAAUGCCUGCUCCCACGGACAGUACGAGUCCAUGGAAAGUACCUCCUCAGAAACCUCUGACAGUGAGCUUGGUCCUUUAAAAAACUACCGUCACGUCACUCAUCCAGUGGUGAAUUUCAAAGAGGACCUCAAGCCUACAUUUGUCUGAGCUUGCCCCAGCAGUAUUCUAUGCGUCAGUUAUCAAAUACAAAAAUGAAGUACAUUUCAGAUGUAUUGUAAGUGGCGGAGGCAUUUCUUAACCACACCUGACAUUAGUGCAGUCACUUCAUAGCUUUUGGGAGGGAUCAGAAACACUCCUUUAGUUUGGACCUAAUUAUUGGUGGUAAGACAGUGCGCAUUUUACUGCACUUACUCAUCAAUUGCCUUUUAAUGUUCCUUGGCGGAUUGCAAAUCUACGCUUUACUGAAGCAGGGCCACUUCUCUCCUUGAGAGAGAUGUCUGAAAGGAGUAACUAGAUUCCUUGUAUGUGGUGCCAUAUACAUCCUGAAUCCAGCCCAAGCCAUCCGAAGGGCUUCGUCAGCUAUCCGUUGUGAUGGUG